GAGGAACAGGAAGAGUGUUAUUAACCAACUUGGGAGGGGGGGGAGCUAGAAGGUGGCGUUUGUGGCUCUAAAUAUAUUUCUUUAUCAUUUGUCCAUCUUUAGCCGGGUUUAUCAGUUGUUUUUGUAGUGUGCAGUAAAUACGGCUCGUUUCUGUUUAAAGUCAUCCUCUUGGAGCUGCUUGUUAUUACCCGGCUGAUUCAGCCUCCCCUCCUGCUGUGCGCUUUAGCUGUGAACUGAACUUCCCGUUGCGGGAGACAGAGUGGGGGGGGAAACGGGAACCAGUGCGCACAGGGUGGCGUUGAAAAGACGCGUUUGUUUCUUGAUGAAAAGUAGUGACGAGAGCAGAUAUCAUUAGAACUCGGUAUUGUAUUGUUAUUGUUUUUCCCUCUUGGCGGUUGUACUUGUGCACCAACGCCAAUGACAGCGCGGUUCACUGCUGCCGAGGGGAUUUAAUGGCACCCUCGAGUCGCUAGAGCUUUUUUCUUCUCCCCCCGACGAAGGACCCUCGCUCGAAGUGCACUCGGGCGCUGUCCUCACCGGGGGGUAUUUUGUUUGGAAGUCAAAACCGCUGCUUGGACUCAGAAAACAAGGGACAGGCGUCUGCCCUCCCCGGCACCACCGCCAGUCACGCUGUCCGACUCUGAGGAGCUGAAACAUGGCAGGAAAUCUGAAGAAAGGCGGCGGGCUCAUUGGCAUGAUGAAGGACGCGUUUCAGCCUCACCAUCACCUCCACCACUCCCAUCACCAGCCCGGAGCUGUGGACAAAAAGACCGUGGAGAAAUGUUGGAAACUCAUGGACAAGGUGGUGCGAUUAUGCCAGAAUCCUAAGCUGGCCCUGAAGAACAGUCCUCCAUACAUCUUGGACCUGCUACCUGACACCUACCAGCAUCUUCGCACCAUCCUGUCCCGCUACGAGGGCAAGAUGGAGACGCUGGGUGACAACGAGUACUUCCGUGUCUUCAUGGAGAACUUGACGAAGAAGACAAAGCAGACGAUCAGUUUGUUCAAGGAAGGCAAAGAGCGCAUGUAUGAGGAGAACUCGCAGCCAAGACGAAACCUGACCAAACUAUCUCUAAUCUUCAGUCACAUGCUGGCUGAGCUCAAAGCCAUCUUUCCCAGCGGUCUGUUCCAAGGGGAUAAUUUCAGGAUCACGAAGGCAGAUGCAGCAGAAUUCUGGAGAAGAUCAUUUGGAGACAAGACUAUUGUCCAGUGGAAGGUCUUCAGACAAGCACUGCACGAGUUUCACCCAAUCAGCUCUGGGUUAGAGGCAAUGGCCUUGAAGUCCACAAUAGACCUCACCUGCAACGACUACAUCUCCGUGUUCGAGUUCGACAUCUUCACCAGGCUUUUUCAGCCAUGGUCGUCUCUGCUGCGGAACUGGAACAGCCUUGCGGUGACUCACCCGGGCUACAUGGCUUUUCUCACCUACGAUGAGGUCAAAGCUCGCCUACAGAAGUUCAUCCACAAGCCUGGCAGCUACAUUUUCAGGCUGAGCUGCACACGUCUGGGCCAGUGGGCCAUCGGCUACGUGACUGCCGAUGGGAAUAUCCUGCAAACCAUUCCCCACAAUAAGCCUCUCUUCCAGGCUCUCAUCGACGGCUUCCGGGAAGGAUUUUAUCUGUUCCCCGAUGGCCGUACUCAGAACCCCGACCUCACAGGGCUGUGCGAGCCCUCACCGCAAGACCAUAUCAAAGUCACACAGGAGCAAUAUGAGCUGUACUGCGAAAUGGGCUCGACUUUCCAGCUGUGCAAGAUCUGUGCCGAGAAUGACAAGGAUGUGAAGAUCGAGCCUUGCGGCCACCUCAUGUGCACGUCUUGCCUGACUGCAUGGCAGGAAUCAGAGGGCCAAGGAUGCCCUUUCUGCCGCUGUGAAAUCAAGGGCACUGAGCCCAUUGUGGUUGACCCCUUCGACCCCAAGGACAACAGUGGAGGUUCCUACGGCGGCUGCAGGGGAAUGUUCGGAGCAGAGGGGGCACCUUCGCCGAGCUAUGAUGAUGACGAUGAUGACCGACUGGAAGACCCCCAUCUCAUGAUGAGCAAGCUGGCUUGUACUAAAGUAGAGAGGCCUCCAUCCCCGAUGUCCAUGCCACCCCAAACGUCUUUGCCCCCAGUACCCCCACGUCUAGACCUCAUACCGCACAGACCGCCUAACCCUCCAGGGGCCUCCAGCCCCGGUGCCACAUCUAAGGCUUCCACACAUCACAAAGACAAGCCGUUGCCUCUGCCUCCAGCUCUGCGAGACCUGCCUCCACCUCCUCCUCCCGAGCGGCCUCAUUCCGCCGGAGCUGAUAGUAGAAUCUUGAGACGGCCACUGCCCUGCACGCCUGGAGAACCACCUCGUGAUAAACCACCUCCUACCCCACCCAAUCGCAGUAUGGCUGACUGGAACUUACGCCCAGUCCCCAAAGCUCCCUCUCAGAUUGCUGCUGUAGGAGGAGAGACCCGUGGGUCUCGAGAGCUCUCUAACCGGCACUCCCUUCCGCUUGCCCUGCCCUCGGCUCUUGAUGGUCAGCGGAACAGCAACUCUUCCGGUCUCGAGCACCAGCUGUGUUUUGGUGCAACAGCCUCUGGCGGACCUGAGUAUGACAACCCGAAAGUGAAGCCCUCUGCAUCGGCAAAUGCCAUUUAUUCUCUUGCAGUCAGACCCCUUCCUGCAGUGAAGCAGAUCUGUGGGGAGGAUGGCUGUGAGAAUAAUGAUGAGGAUUCUGACUACAUGACUCCCAGCUCUCUGCCUGUACUGACCACCAUGACUCCUUCACUAGGGGAGGCAGUGCCCAGGCCUCACCACCCUAACACUCCUAACUCAAGGGGCUUGCACAGUGAUCUGGACCCCGAAGGCCCACAGAUGUAUGAAGCCAUGUACAAUAUUCAGGCCCAGGCCCUCAGCGCCACUCUGCCUUAUCAAGCCAGUGAUCCAGACUACUCCGAGUUGCCUCAGUCGGGGAUCAGUAACGGGCCGCAAGAGACAGAGUGUGAGGAGGAGGAGGAGGAGGAGGAGGAGGAGAAUGGCUAUGACAUUCCCAAACCGCCUCUGCCAGUAGCUCGACGUACACUCUCAGAUGUGAGCGGCACAUCCGCUGCAUUCAGCCGCCUGUCUGUGGACAGCGAACCAGGAACGCCAGUCCUCUUCGACUCUGCAGAAGCUCCUGAACGGCCUCCAAAACCCCUCCCACGUCGCAUCAACUCGGACCGCAGGCCGAGCCCUGUUCCCCCCGCAGCCGCGUCCAGCAACCCGCAGAUCAGCAGUGAGAUCGAGCUGCUCAUGAGCCAGGGCUACUCCCACCAGGACAUCCAGAAAGCUCUGAUGAUUGCGCAGAACAACAUUGAGAUGGCCAAGAAUAUCCUGCGCGAGUUCGUGUCCGUCCCCUCCACGGCACACAUCCUCACAUAGCAGCCCUUCCUGAUCCACAGCGAGUCCUAUCUCUCCCUCUCUUUGCUCCAGGGCCGUCCUCCCACGAGUGUAGGUCAUUCAAGCGUGAGGCACAGGCCUUAUCCGGCUCCUGCAUGCUGUUAGCCAGCAGGAUCACCGUUCUUGAAGUCAGCCUCAUUGGCAUUGCACAUCCACUGAGGCUUUUAGUCAAACUCAAGCAAGGACAAAAAAAAAUUGUGUGUUUUUAUAUAAUAAUUUAAUUUAUGAGUCCAUAUAGUUAAUAUAUACACAUUUAAGGGUGGAUAGGUUUGAGGGCAGGUCCAGAGAGAACGUGUUUGUGUGUGUGUGUGUGUGUGUGUGUGUGUGUGUGUGUGUGUGUGUGUGUGAGAGAGAGAGAGAGAGAGAGAGAGAUGGCUGGGGAAAGGGAGGGACUCAUCAGCACUGCUGUUCUGUCACAUGUGGAAAACUGCAGCUGAAUGUUUGCUGGUGUCGAAAAUUGCCUUUUGUGGUGUUCUGGUACUUUCUUGAGGUGUGUGUGUGUGUGUGUGUGUGUGUGUGUCAUUUUUUUUUAAAGUGGCAGGGCCUGAGUGACAGUCCCCGUACUACAACCCGAUUUUCUGAAAUCUGAUCUAACGUCAUGUACCGGUUAUGUUAAGUCACUUUGUGUUUGUGUGUGUGUGUGAGUGUGUGGAGUAGUACGGUCGUGUGAUGUCACCAGUUGAAAUUGGCUUUAACCAUCAUCAGUGUCUUGCAUUGCCUCUGCUGCUGUGUAGCAUUACUGUAACUGAUAUGUUUAUACCGCAGAAUUGGAUAUCGUAGCCUCAUGUAUGAAUCCCGUUGCAUACAAUAUGGCGACAGUUAAAUCCUCCUCCAAAAGGGUGGAAAAUCGAGCUCCAGGCAGAAAUCCGACGCCUUUUUCCGAGUCCCGAAGCAGGCGAGGGCUCGUUAUUCGUGUUGUAGCCUUUGUUAUGUGUGUGUGUCAUUACCCUGAUGGCGAAUGAUAGGCUUUUAUACAUGUGCUCUAACAGAUUAGUGGGGAGGUGGACACAAAGUGACGCACGCGCUUUGUUCGAAGGAAGUGUUUGCUUAUACAGUUUCUGUGCUAAAUCAGGACUGAAAUCGCUCCAAUUUCGCUGAGAUUUUGUCUGAAACUGUUCAUCUAAGUGAAAUUAUUAUUAUUAUUAUUAUUAUUAUUAUAUUACUGUUGUUGUUGUUUUUUUAAGAUGAUUAUUAAUUCAGAAGUGCUUUACUGCUGCUACUCUUGUUAGUGCUAAACAAUUAAGCCUUAAAUGUAUAUUUGUGAAUAUUGUGUUUAACCUGUUUUAAAGUGACAGUAUCUGUUCGGUUGAAUUUGAUUAUGUAGCAUACUUGAAACUGCGAGCAGCUUUUGCAGCUCUGGGCCCAGGCUGGCUUCCAUUUUUCUUUUCGUUUUUCAUUUUGCGGUCAUGUUUUUGUUUUGGUGUUUAGGGUGUUCCAGAAACUUCCGUCAGCGCCAUCACUGGAGCACGUACACAAACGAGUAAAAGUAUGUGAACAAGCAUGUUGUUGCAGAAAACCUUUGACUUGUCUGAUUAGCGGUUUAGAGGUUUCACAUGUCGGCUUGGCCCUCUAACACGGAUCGGGCUGUACAGCAGCAUUAUGGAACGGUUUCAUAUUGCAGUCUCCCUCUCUUUUUUCUUUUUUUUUUUCUCAGGAAUACUGUACAUCCACAAAGAGACUCUUAUCAGUAUUGAACGGGAAAUGAAAUGUUGUCUCCAUCUUCUCUUAUUCAGGGCAGAAGCACUGAAUGACUACUUUGAAGUCUUUGACUAAUUCGACACGUUUAUUAGUGACGUCGGCUUUCCUCAGAUCUCCACGGAUGCGCUCAGAAAUCGGACUCGGACUGUGUUACACGCACAAUGAAAUGGAUACAUUGGUAGCUUAUGAAGCCCUGGAGGAAAUUAAUGUUCCCACCCCAUCCCCCUGUCUGAGAUAUUGCACUGGCAUAGCAGGUACUUCCACAAUAUGAAGCUUGUAGGUACAACUUUGUUAAUAAGAAAUGAAAAACGCUCCAGCUGGUUUUAAUUCUGACGUGGCAAGCAGGUGAUGAUUUUAUAGUUCAGUAUUUUUGUUUGCACCAUGUGAAGUAGUGAAGCUUUGUUUUCAGAUCAGAGCUAUUUUGAUUUUUUAAAAUUCUGAUUACUGUAUUUCUUGUCAAUAUUGUAUAUCAAGUGAAUGUGUAUGUGUGUGCGCGUGUCUGUGUCUUGCAAGAUUUCACACCGUAUACCAAUUUGUGCUCCGAUACUGUCACUUUAAAAUCAAGCGUAUAAAGUUACUUAUGUAUAGAAUAUGUGGAAACGGCUAUUUCAUUUUGCAUUCCUGUACAUGUCAGAAUUUAAUUUUAUUUUAUGUUCCUCCUUUUUUUUUUUUUUUGUUUUUUUUUUUUUUUUUUACACUGAUGUGAAUAAUACUGUGAGCAGUGCCAUAUGUCUAGAAAAUGUCUGAAAUGUUGUGUCUGCUGCCCGGAAUAAGGCCUUGUGAAUGAGUGAACAUGUCCUGGUGUAAGUGAUCCAUUGUAUUUUCACACAGCCCCUUGUUGCUACAUGCUUCUGAAGCUUUUGCAGUGACGUCAUGCCGAAUAGCUGUUGACUGGAACGUCUACUUUAGACCACGUGAGGGAGCUCUUUCCUCAUUUUGCAAUGACUCCCUCAAGUGUUUCAGGAUUUUUCUUUUUUUCUUUUCAUUCUCAUAUCACUUUGGACGUAUGCACAGUAAUAUACUGUCUAAUUAAACAAAUAGAAACAAAGCUAAUGUCCUCAGUCUCUAAUUUUAGGUACUGUUAUGGUACAGAGGCUGGUACAGACGUCCACCUGGUGCUGUAGAAGUAACCAUGUUCUCCCAUAAUAACUGCUAUAUCCAAACAAACAAAGCUUCAGGUGAACUGUUGAAUUCGGAUUGUUAAAGAAGUCAGUGUUACAAGGUAAUUGUGCUGUACGUCCAUGUGUGCGUGUCAUUUAUUUACGUUAUUUAAGAACGUGAAUGUUCCUCGCCGCCGUCAGUAGUCGCCUUAAUAAGAAUCGAGCGUUCCAGCCUCUCAGCCCUGGAUGAGAGAGAGCAAAGCUCAUGUUGAGAUUUUCUUCGCCUUAGUGAUCGUCAUAUUCCUGAUCCAAACUGCCGUCUCCUUGAGUGCCAUGAUCUUCAGCGUCUGCGAGUGUGUGAGUUUCAGAAAUGGGGAUCUUUUUAGAGGUUAACACUCCUUUAGAUUAGGUUCGAAUAGCAACAUGGUCUCUUAGCCACUCGCUAGUGUAAACUGGUUGCACAAAUUGGUUCAUUUAAGGUUUUUUUGUUUGUUUGUUUUUCUUCAUGUCAAAGCCAAAUACAUUUGGAUAUAUUGUAUUAAGUACAGACAUUUUAAUAUGUACGUACAUACAUGCAUACAUACACAGACAGUGUUGGGCCAACAAAGAUACACAUUUAGAGACAGUAAUGUUCUGUAAUAGUUUGAACUAAACUAUCGUUAAAAAUCGAGCAUUGCUGCUAAGACUAAUGAUAUUUAUUAAUGUUGAUGUACUCCAACCCAGAAAUCCCUCCUUCAGAAAACCUUCAUAAAUUUUGAAUUUCUGUAUUAUUAAAGCCAUUUUGAAAGAAUACAGGAGUUGAUCUUAUGUUUUGAAUUAUAAUCCCUUUCUUCUUUUAUUUAUACUAGAGAUUUCACUAGAGAGCUUGUCACCCAGUCUUUGUUUAAAUGAUCAAUGAAUGGAAAGGAAACAGUUUUUAAGGGAAAGGACAGUGUUUUUAAUCAAGCUUUAAGGGGAGUGGGGAGGAGGGGAUCAAAUAUCUUUACAGAAAUAAGGCAUGAAUGAACCUGUGACGUACACAAAAACGAGAUGCGACACUUAGUGCUAGUUUUUGCACAUGGAGCUGACUAGCUUAUGUUUAAAAAAAAACAACAACUGGUAUUUGUAAUAAUUGUGCCUUCGGUUAUGCUUUUGCUUUGGUAGAGAAUAAAGUGUGAACGGUGUGCUUGAAUGAUCAUAGUCAUGCCCUUUUUUUUUUUAAGGUUUUUUUUUUUUUUAAACUAAAAUAAAAACAAAAGCUAUAUAUUUAAAAAAAAAAAAAAAAAAAAAAAAAAAGAGAGAGAGUAAUAAUGACCAAUCUGUGUUUGUUGCGAUUCUUAAAUGCACUGCAGACCUGGAGUAGAUUGUAAUUCAUCUUUUUUUUUUUUUUUUUUUUUACAUAAU